AUUUGAGUGUUUGAAUUUUGUCUCUUGUUCUUGUUUUUAAUUUUAUCAUGUUCGUUCAUGUUUCAGUGCAGUGAUGUUACAAUGAUCAGGUCACCUAUUUCAAUUUUGGAAGAAAAGUUUGUAAGGAGUAAACCAGUUUAUAUUUAUGGAGAUCCUGCGAACCAAGGAUAUGGUUUUACAUGUACCGUAAAAGUAGGUGGCAUUACAGCCCAUGGUAAUGCUUUUACAAAAAAGGAAGCCAAACAAAGGGCAGCUGAAGAAGCUCUUAUAUUACUGGGAAACAAUAUUAAGACUAGUACCACCGUAAACACAUCGAUUUCCUUUGAUGCUACUAACUAUAUUUCCUUCCUCAAUGAACACGCACAGAAAAAUCGUUUAAGUUCUCCUAUAUAUAUCGACAGACCACGCGCUGGUACAUAUGUUAUUGAAUGUUACUAUGCGGGCCUUACGGGUUUUGGAGAAGGAGCAAAUAAAAAAAUUGCUAAGCAACUAGCUGCAAAAUCGACGUAUGAAAGAAUCGAUUCUACGGAGAUUAAUGUACUAAGUGACCAUCUGAAUAAUUCAUUCCCCCAAGAUGGCCCUUCCCCCGAACAAAUAUUAGACCUCUAUAAAGAUAUAAAAAAGAAAGAUGAAUCAAAACGUCAGAUAAUAGAUUCAGAAAUCAGUCUUCCCAAAUUCCAGGUUGAAGUUAAAGAAGAAGAUGUUAUAGAAAAAUUAAGGCUCGCCGGUCAUAGAUACAACCCAAUUGUGCUCCAAACUAACCCUUUUGUAUUGGCGUUGCAUUUAGGGGAAAGAGCUACAGUACUAGGUUGCGGGAACACCAGAAAAGAAGCAGAAAAAGACUUACUCACAGAGGCGGAUAUUAUAUUUUUUUCUUCCGAGUUGUGAUAAUCACAGAUGGGUGAUAAUUAUUAUUGAAUACUUUUUCGUACUGUGGCGGAUCUAGAAAUUUGUCUUGGGAGUGGGAGGGACUUCCAAUGAAAAACAUUCAUGGGGAGGGGGUAAAAAUAAGACAUUUAAAGGGUCGAACCGUCUUCUUCUGCUUUUUUUUCUGAAAAUAUCAUUUUUAGCGUUUUUACAGUAUUUGUGAUUUAUUUAAACAAAUUUGCAUUUUUUUGUCGCAAAGUAUCGAUGGAAAAAAUAAUGUUUAAUAAAAGGGACUCCAAAAUGUCAUUAUUAGACAUUAUAAUAAGUUAUUUUGAUUCAAAACAAGUUUUUGAUCCAAUUUUAGUGUAGAAAAUCUUAAAAUACCGGUUUUUACAGUUUCCUCCAUUCCCAAAAUACGUGCCCUUCGAUUUCGCUGAAAAUUUGCUCACAGAUAGACAAAGCACAGGACUUUAAGUGGUUAAAAGAAUUUAUAUAGUUUUGCAAUACAAGAAAAGUUACAUGCAAUAAUAUCAGAGUCAAAACUAUGUAGUCCACUCGGGAUAGCACUUGAUCAUGCAUGCCGAGCUAACCAAAAUUUUAUUUUUUAAGCUUUAGGGGGCAGGACCACAUUUAGGUCAAUUGACACCCUAGGCAAUUCUCUAGUAGCAGCCCUUCAAACAUGUACCAUUUUUUUUGUACCGUACUUUUGCCGCCCUUUCAUAAUUUGCCGCCCUAGGCAACUGCAUAUAUUGCCUAAUGGAUAAAGCGGCCCUGUUUAGGGGGAUCGAUAGUAGUUUAAAUUUAAAAUGGCGAAUGAAUUCCGCCGUUGCAUUAGCCGCCAUCUUGAUUUUAAAGGAGAACCGGUUUUGCUCAAUAUCUCCACCAUUUUCUCCGCCUUUUCGACAAAAAGUGUAAGGGCUGAAAUUGUUGAAAAUGUGAUUUCUUAUAAUUUCGUUUACUUACUAUAAAUUUUUUUGUGCCAUCGAUAUUUUCCGAGUUAAGGAGGGAAAUAGUGACAGUUAGAUUAUAGUUAUUGAAUUAUUUCGUUUGUUAUUAGUUUUACAACAAAAAUGUACCUAUACAAAAAUUGAGAGAAUUAAAUUAAAUACAAUUUUGAUCUGUUUCGUAUUUUGCUAAAAUCAAUAUUUAACCUUUAACUACCCACGCAUCAAGUUAUAACAUAACUACACGCGUGGCGUACUUUGUACGCCACAAGAAAAUACACUUAAAAACAGCGGAUUUGUUUAAUUUUUUUUGAAAAAAUACACUUAGUUGUUUGUUAUAAACCUUAUUCGGCAUCAGUGAAUACUUAAAGUUCCUUUUCAGUAAGCCAAUUGGGAUUUAUAACUGGAAUCAUGGAAUAACUGGAUUCCAUGAUAAAUAAAAUUACUAAUAAAAAAUUUUUUUAAAUGUGAUUUUUUACAGGAGAAAAAGUAUUGUUUACAAAGAAAAUAUAUUUUUUGCCAUAAUGACUAAAAAACAAUUAAAAUAUGUACUUAUAUUACGACUUAUAGUAAUAUAAUCCUGGGGUAUAUUGUCCACCACCGGAAACAACAAAUAAUAAAAUGUAAAUUACGAUCUUUCCAGAACGCCGAUUAUAACGAAACUAAAACCAAAUUGUAAAGCACAUUCCAGUGAUAGGUUAGAAAAAUAAGCAAGGUCAAAAAUUAAACUUUUAAAUAUAUUUCCAGUAGAAUUCUUAUAUCUGGCGUACAAAGGACGCCAGCGCGUGUAGUUAAAGGUUAAGGUAAUAGGUAUGCGGUGAAGGCGCCUAAGACCUGCAUGAUUGGUUUGAUAGCAAUUGCUUUUUUUUUCAAUAUCCGCCAUUUUUAUUUUAUCGACAAAAAUGGUAGGAACUGAAAUUGUUCCAAAUAAUAGUACAACUAAUAAUUAGUACAAUUUUUUUUUAACAAUUUUUUCGUGGGGUCGAUAUUGAGUUAAUUGUACUUACAGUAGGCUCCUAUAAUUUUGACUCUGAUAUUAUUUCACGUAACUUUUUUUGUAUUUUUAACCCUUAAGUACUAACAUCUUAAAUCAAUGGCGUAAACACUAACUAACCGCCUGACAGACGGGUUUAACAUUUUAGUCGUAAUUUUUUUUUUGUUGAAUAUUUUAAUGCAAAAAAAUAUCUUGAUGAUUUACUGAAAGUAUUGAUUAUCUAAAAAACACAGUAAUUAAUCUAGUUUUUCUGUAUUUAUUAAAAUAAAAAACAUAACAAGCAUGGAAGGAUUGUUUUUGUAACUUUUUACUCCUGAAAAAAAGUGUGACAAAAAUUAAACAAAUUAAAGAAUCUUAAUAAAAAUUUGCAAUCGAGUUAAACAAAGAGUAAGACAAAUGAAAAUAAAAAGGUUUUUAAAAAAUGUUAAAACAAAAAAAAAACUGACAGGUACUAUAAUUAGUACAGUGUAGCAAUGGUAGUCAGUGGCAACAUUUUCAUCACAAAUUGAUUCCACUUCGCUUAUGUCGUUUUCUACCUCAUCAAACCAUUUCAAAAGAGUUUCCUCAGGGUCUUUAUUCCCUUAUUUUUAUGUUUUUUGACGAACUGGGGCACAUUAUGUGUAAUGACAAACUGGGCACAAACACUAACACCCCGUCUAUUAGACGGAAAUCACACUUUGGCGCUAAAUAUCUUUCGAAUAUCAACCUGCAGCAAAUUGCCGAAUUCAAUACUACUAAAGAACAACCCAACUUGAAAAGUCAUAAACGGAUGACCUUCAAAAUUUUCUAGGAAGGGAAAUAUCCCACUUUCGACAAGCGAUGCCGUCUGAGAGACGGGGUGUUAGUACUUAAGGGUUAAACUAUACAAAUUCUUUUAACCACUCCUUUUAAAUCCUUUUAAAGUCCUGUGUUUUGGCUAUCUGUGGGCAAAUUUUCAGUCAAAUCGAAAGAAUAUUAGACCAGGAAGCAUCUGUUUUUAGGUGGGUGUGAGAGGUGACAUUCGGGUUUUUGCGGAUAAAGUUAGGUGAUAACUUCGUUAAUAAUAAUUGACUUAUGCUCCUUUUCAAAUAUGCCCGGAACAUUAAUAAAAAAAAAAAUAAAAUAUUUAAAAGUUUCAAAAAAUUUCGUUUUUUUUUCUACUUUCUUUGCUUAUAACUUUAAAACGAUUAAUUUUGGAACAAAGUCGUAACGAAAUAAAACAAAGAUAAUUAAAUUUUGUAUCAGAUACAAUUGGUUAAAAAUGUCUUAAUUUAAUACCCUUGCUGCAAAAUAGCAAUAAAUAUAAAAUAAGGGGGCAAAACAAGCCUGUCCUUAUUCAAUGUUUUUCCAUCACUUAGGUUACACUUGGAACCUUCCCAAUUCGCUUAGAAAAUUUUUGUAAUGUGCUAAAACCGUCCACCAAAUUUCAUUAAAAUUGACUUAUUAGAUUUUACAUAAUAAUUUUGCAAUCUAAACUUUUUAAAAAAAAUGAUAAUUUUUUAAAACUUUGCACAACAAAAACUAGAACAUACAAAGAUUUGUCAAUUUUUCUACAUAAAGAAGCACUUCACCUAUCUAAUGCAUUUUACAGAAUUGAACUCGGAUUAUUUAAGCAGCCUCAGCAAUGUUUUAAAGUUAUAAACAAUUUUUUGGCUUAUAAACAAGUUAGUGCUGUGUUCAGGAGGGGGCGCUACGGGCUCCUUUAUUUAGAUGGACUUACCCAAGUUUUUUUUAUGUAUUUUGACCCGUAGAACACGAAUUUUUUGGGUAACAGUUGAUCCGGAUGUCGAUAAGAUUGUUAUAAACAAAGAACUUGAGAAAUUACAUAACAUCGAUUUUUCGCAAAAUAAAACAUUUUUUUUGUAUUUCUUGGGUAAUUCUAAGCAAAAAAUGUUCCUACAAGUUUUUUCGUGGGAUGCAUAGUUUUCGAGAUAAACGCGGUAGAACAUUAAAAAAAUCGAAAAAUUGCAAUUUUUGAACGAGAAUAACUUUUGAUUAAAAAAAUAAAAUAGCAAUUCUGCUGACAGCAUUUGAAAGUUUAAGUCAAAUUAAACCGGUUUUAAUUAUUUGCAUUGCUAAAAAUUAAUUUUGUUAUUAUUAAAAAAAGCUAUUUGUUUAUAAGCCAAAAAAUUAUUUAUAAUUUUAAAACAUUGCUGAGGCCCCUUAAAUAAUCCAAUUUUAAUUCUGUAAAGUGUAUUAGAUAGGUAGAGCACCUCUUUAUAUGUAAAAAAUUAGCCAACUUCGAAAUGGUCUACUUUUUGUUCAGAAAGAUUUUAAAAAUUUGGACUUUUUUAAAAACAUUUAUAUUGCACAUCUAUUAUGAAAAAUCUAUUAGGUCGAUUUUAAUGAAAUUUGGUAGACCAUCUAAGUAAGUUAUAAGAAUUUUCUAAGCGAAUUACUAAGGUUCUAAGUGCCACCAAAGUGGUUAAGAAACAUUGAAUAACAACAGGCGUAUUUUGCCCCCUUAUUUUGUAUUUAUUGCUAUAUUGCAGAAAAGGUAAUACCUUUUUUGACCAGUCGUUAAUCAUACAAAAUUCAAUUACCUUUAUUUUAUUUCUGUACGACUUUGUUCCAAAACGAACCGUUUUAAAGUUAUAAGCAAAGAAAGCAGAAAAAAAUCGAUGUUUUUCGAAAUUUUUAAAUACUUUAAUUUUUUUAUUAAUGUUCCGGGCAUAUUUGAGAAGGAGCAUAAGUCAAUUAUUAUUACUGAAGGUGUCGCCUAACUUUAUCUACAAAAAUCCGAAUGCCACCUCUCACAUCCAAAAAUACACGUUUUUUACAGAUUAGUCCUGGUCUAUAUGUAUUUUGGGAAUGGAGGAAGAUGUAAAAGCGGGAUUUUAACGUUUUCUACACUAAAAUUUGAUCAAAAACGGGUUUAGAAUCAAAAUAACUUGUUAUAUAUAUUAAAAUAUCUUGUUAAAAUAUACUUAUUAAAAGACUUGUCAAAUCUUUUAUAAUAUGGAAUUAAAUGUAACUCCAGUUAAUACUUCCAACAAAGGGAAAUCUCAAACAAAAAUAAGAAAAACGAUUAUAAACAAAAGUCACAUUCUCCAACAUUUAAUGUGGAAUUUCUGCCUUAUUAGGCUAUUUAAACAUUUUAUAAGCCAUUAAAAAUGUUGCUUAUGUUACACUAUUUACAAAAAAGAUAUAACAAAUGAAAAAUAGUUAAUUUUUUAAAAAUUUUUCAAGUGUUCCUGUAAAAUUUGAAAAAGUGGAGAAUGUGAGUUUUGCAAUUAGACCGCCCAGUUGUAAUCGCGCGGUAUCAAAACGCGCAUGUCAUGUGAACGUGUCACAAGGCGAUAUUAUUGUAUAUUAUACAUGCUUUUAUUUUUUAUUGAAAUAAAUAUUUUUAUGUA